AAAAAGAGUGUUGACACGUGUCAGAACAUUUCGGCCAGAGUUUAGUGUUUUUAUGGUUCUCUAUUUUUUUUUAGCAAUUGGCAAACAAAACGUAAUUCGGACGAGCUGUUGGUUUUGGCAUUAACCCCGUUGCAGCUGGAAAACCGUUCAUCAGACGAAAAGCGAAAAAGGCAGGGCGGUGGAUUUUGAGCUCGUCAAAAUAGCAAAUACCAAAUAAGCAUAGCCAUGAAUACGCAAGUUCUGGUAGUUUUGGCCCUGGCCAUGCUGCAGUGCAUCACCGCCGUGGAGUUCACCUUCGACUUGGCCGACAAUGCGGAGGAUUGCUUCUACGAGGAGAUCAAAAAGAACUCGAGUGCCUACUUCGAGUUCCAGGUUUCGGCCGGUGGCCAACUGGACGUGGAUGUGACGCUGAAGGAUCCGCAGGGCAAGGUCAUCUACAAGCUGGAGAAGGCCACCUUCGAUAGCCAUCAGUUCGUGGCGGAGACAACGGGCGUGUAUACCGCCUGCUUUGGCAAUCAGUUCUCGGCGUUCUCGCACAAGAUCGUCUACGUGGACUUCCAGGUGGGCGAGGAGCCCGCUCUGCCCGGCGUCGAUGAGCACGCCACGGUGCUCACCCAAAUGGAGACCUCAUCGCAGGCGAUCCACAAGGGCCUGAAUGAUAUCCUCGACGCCCAGACGCAUCAUCGUUUGCGCGAGGCGCAGGGUCGCAAGCGAGCCGAGGAUCUCAACCAGCGGGUGAUGGUCUGGUCUUCCCUGGAGACCGCCGCCGUCAUCCUGAUCGGUCUCGUUCAGAUCAUGGUGCUGCGCAACUUCUUUACGGACCGAAAGCCCAGCCAGGCGCACUACGGGCGGCUUUAAAGGACUGGCGGUAUUGGGAUCUAGCUUUGUUUAAGCCCUUGCAUUGAUGCGGAUGAAGAAGACACCUCCUCCUCGACCUCCUUCUCCCGCCCCCCGAAAAACGAAACCCUUUCAAUCUCGUCUUAGCCACAACGUAUUCAUUCCCCCAAGGGCGUUUCUUUUUGGGCCACCACCCGCUUACCUUCUCCCAAAAAAAAACGACAUGUAAAACCUUUUUGUUGUGACCCACCCGGAAACAGAAUGUUUUUUUUUUUAAAUACAUGCAAAAGCAACCAUAACUCGAUAGCUAAAGAUAAA